AUGUCUGAAGAGGUUCACAAGUUGGAAAACUGUCUUGCAACGGUCUUCAACUUCCCUACGUUAUUUUUCACCUGCCUUUUCAUCUACAUCUACAGGAAGUUCUGCAUGGGUUCUGGAAUAAACGUGCUGCCUGGCCCCUGGUGUCUUCCUCUAGUGGGAUAUUACCCCUUCCUGGGAGAGAAGGCUCAUUUAACACUGACACGACUGGGCAAUAAGUAUGGUCCUGUAUUCCGUCUGUCGCUUGGGAUGAGUGAAGUCAUUGUGAUCAACUCCAGACAACUAGCCAAAGAAGCUCUCGUAGGGAAGGGAGAUGAUUUUGCAGACAAGCCACGCUUAAAACUUCUAAGUAUCUUGCCGAAGAAUGCAACUUACUCAUUCCAUCCAUUUGAUGAGUUCUGGAAGUUGCAACACAAAACAUUAUUACCAGUUUGGAACAGGUAUAUCCAAUCUUCCAGAAGCACCAUCGAACAAAUAAUCAGCAGUGAAGUGGAACACUUUGAAUCAAUGGUUAGUCCAGCUACUUCUUUCCAUCUCUUCAAAGAUCUAAGAAGAUCAGUGUUUAGUAUCAUCUACCAAGUCUGCUAUGGAAGAUCGACAAACAUUCAUACCAAUCGCGACUUUCUGUAUAGCAUCGAGUUAUAUGAAAAUAGUCCAAUAUUUCCCACUGGAAAAAACUUGUUUCACUUUAUCAACUUCUUGCCAUGGAUUUCAUACUUUCUCCCAACAUAUGAAAGGAACUUGCGUGCUUGCUUCAAACGCAUUAGUGAAUACCAUGUCAGAAAAAUGAACCAAUUGAUUAACACGUCGGGACAUUGUGAAUGCUUUGCAUAUCAGCUCGGUAAAACCUGUGAGGACAUUUCAGAAAAUGUUCCAGAAACUGUAUCAAAAGGGGUUUUUCUGUCAAUAAAUGCGAUAUUUGGCGGUGCUACAUUUGCUCCUCUUAAUGUCCUUGUAGAAGCAUUAUGUCUGAUGGCAGUGUACCCAGAUAUCCAACAGAGAGUUAGAAAGGAGAUACAUUCAGUUGUAAGCAGUGACCAACGUCCAGGUUGGCAGGACCGCCCCCGUUUGCCCUUUUCUGAUGCCGUUCUCUUGGAGACUCUCCGAUUCAGGCCAUCAGAUGGCGUGAUCCUACCACAUUCGACUCUUUGCAAUACAUCUCUCCAUGGCUUUGAUAUCACGAAAGGAACAGUCGUUCUCUUCAAUAUUCAUGCCAUGCAUUUUGACCAAACAGAUUGGCACAGGCCAGAAGAGUUCCUGCCGGAGAGGUUUCUUGACAGCAAUGGUAAGGUGGACCAAGUUUCUCGCAGCAAGUUGAUGUCUUUUUCGGCAGGAAAGAGAAAAUGUAUAGGUGAAGCAUUUGUGAAGAUGGAGCUGUUGUUACUUUUCACAGGACUGCUUCAAAAAUGUGAAUUUACCCAAGGUUAUUCUGAAACUGAUUCAACAACGAAAUCGGAAAAUAUGUUGGUACGUUUAGUUAAAAAUGCCGACUAGAAUUUCUUACACAUUAGAAUUGAAAUCAUUUCUUAAUUCUACCUGGAUAUUCCACCAAAGGGAAGCUAGGUUUGGUACUGGGGACUGUUCGGUCAAUUCUACAACUUUCUUAAUAAACGAGUCAAAGUGUUA